AUGAGAAUCCCAAUUUCAUCCCUUUUCGCGGUGCACUCCAGCUUCGACAGUUCCCUCAAUCCUGCAUUGCCAGAAUACGCGGAGAGGAGCCAAGCAAAGUUCAAUGAAGAAAUGGCCUCAAGUUGGAGCCAACGUCGACGGGACUUUUCCCGCGGCGUUUCGGGAAUGAACGCAAUGUGGAAUAACGGCGAGAAGAAUGUGAUUCUAGCUACGGCAAAGCCGGCGAAAAUGCUGAAUAUCCAGGACCUGAUCGACCGACUUUCGCAAAAAUACAACCAAGAUCCUCGGCUAAUGAACUCUAAGUCACCAAAAGACUAG